AUGGAAAAUUACCCUUUCGUGCAUUAUGAUCUCCCAGAAUUACAAAUUGACCCCUUUCUUCAGCUGCUUCCGAUCUCCCUUUUCGUAAACCCUAAAUUAAGAUUUCCGAAAGAUCGGGGCGUAGUGAGUGAGCUAAGCUCAUCAAUGGCGUCGUCGAUGGCGAUCCUGGGAAAGACGAAGCCCCUGACCCGAACUCUCAACUCAAUCAAGUCCAUUUCCACCUUCACCUUCCUUUCCCAAGAACCUCAGCUGGCAACCGAGCCCGAAAAUGUCCCCCAAACUCCACUCCCGCCAAAUCCGGCCUCCGGCAGCCCUCUUUAUCAGGAGAACUGGCGGAGGCCCGUCCAGAGUCACCGCGUGGCGCUGCCUCAGUCCUUCAACCCGUUCCAGCAAGCUCCUGUCGACCCUUUGCUGGCAAUGUAUCAGGCUUACGAUGUGUGCUCACUGCUGAACUUGUUCGCCGAUUGGAUGACGUCGCAGCGGUGGUCGGACAUGAAGGAGCUAUUCGAGUUCUGGGUGCGGUCGUUGGACAAUAAUGGGAGCCCCCACAAGCCAGAUGUGGAUCUGUACAACCAUUACUUGAGGGCGAAUCUAAUGAUGGAUGCUACUGCUGGCGAUUUGCUUGAUUUGGUUGCGCAAAUGGGGGAUUUCGAUCUUGCGCCAAAUACAGCUUCUUUCAAUUUGGUGCUGAAAGCUAUGAACCAGGCCAGAGAGACAGAGGCUGCAGAGAAGUUGCUGCAACGAAUGGAGAUCACAGGGAAAGAAUCUCAGCCAGAUGACGAGUCAUAUGACUUGGUCAUUAGCAUGCUGUUCCAGACAGACCAGAUUAAUUCUGCCUUGAAGUAUAUUGAGAAGACCUUGAAAAUGGGUGGCAUUUUAUCCAUGAGAGUAUUUAAUAACUGUGUGCAGACUUGUAUUCGCAAACGGAGACUCGAUGUGUUGGCAUCUAUUAUUGAGAAAUGCAAGACAACGGAUCAGAACAAAGCACUCUCACCAACGUGGAACAUGUGCUACAACAUUGCUGAAGCUGCAAUGGAGGGGGAUAACAGUACCCUUGCAUUCUAUGCUCUAGAGUUCAUGGCCAAAUGGAUAGCCAGAGGGGAGAUUGCUCGGCCUGCUGUUCAUCUUUCUGUAGAUGAAGGAUUAAUUGUAUCAGCACUUGCCACUGCUGGCAGGACACACAGUCCUACUCUCCUAGAUGCAUCAUGGGCAGUUCUUCGCCGUUCAAUACGUGGUAACAAAGCUCCUAACCCCGAGUCCUAUCUUGGAAAGAUAUAUGCGCAUGCAUCUUUGGGGAGUCUAGAAAAGGCUUUUGCUACUCUGAAUGAAUUUGACGCUGCUUAUGGUAAAUCUAACCAAGAAAUACAAGAAGAGCUGUUCUCCCCCUUUACUUCCUUGCGUCCUUUAGUUUUGGCUUGUUCCAAGAAUGGUUUCGAGACCCUUGACUUGGUAAUUUUUUUCCACAUCUGGAAGUCAGUAUUGAGUAUUUACAACAGUUUCAAAGUUAAUUCGGCCUUCCAUGAUAAAAAUAUGGGUCUAACAUGUCCCAUGAUUCAAGUUUACUUUUUUCGUGAUUCCUGCAAAAUUUUAUUUUGACCUGAUAUCUUACAUGCGCUUGUUAAAACAUGUCUCCAGGUGUACUAUCAACUGGAGAAUUUGAGCAAAGCUCAACCACCAUUCAAAUCUGUUGCUGCUUUUAACUGUGUAAUAUUGGGGUGUGCGAAUGUAUGGGACCUUAACCGUGCAUACCAGACAUUUGAGGCUAUUGGGCCUUCUUUUGGUUUGGCCCCUGAUAUUCACUCAUUUAAUGCAUUGAUGUUUGCAUUUGGAAGGUCGAAGAAGACAGAUGAAGCUUCAAAGGUGCUUGAACACAUGAUAGGCUUGGGUAUUAAACCCAAUGCAAUGUCAUAUUCAUUGAUCAUCGAUGCUCAUCUCAUCAACCGAGAUGUAAAAGCUGCUUUAUCCACUAUUGGCCAGAUGGUAUCUGAAGGAUAUGUCCCCACAAAGGAAAUCCUAAAGAAGGUCAGAAGACGUUGUGUGCGCGAGGUGGACUAUGAUAACAAUAAAAAAGUGGGUUCUUUGGCAACACAGUUCAACAUUAGACUGGGUGGAGAGAAUCGUAGGAACAUGCUAUUCAAUCUCCAAUAUAGCACCGAUUUUGCUUGAUGGGACGACUCAUGAAUUUUCUUGGUCGAUCUUAGUUGACAUGCACCUAACUCGAUCUUGUUCUCAGUUAUUCGUUACAUCAGUUCCUGCUUGUAAAUUACCUGAGAAUGUUUGCUGCUUCUAGCAAUGAUUACUAACUAGAAUCAUCAACCCACAACAAAAAGCUCUUAACGUGGGUUCUGAGCUCUGGUAGCAGUGAGAUAUGGAUUGGCAAGAAUUUUGUAAUAAUUGAUAGGAUAAAUCUUUUGUUCUUUUUGGAUUUGAAGUUGAGUUACUGCCACGCUAGGAUAAUCUUGCAGUAUAAAAUGUUUUGCUAGGUCAUUACAGUUAUAGAAACUGGCCUCUUUUAUACGUUGAAUACAUGGCUUUUGCCACUUGCUACAAUUUCUGUAUUAUUUCGUUAUAUAAUGGUUCAUUGCUCGAAAUGCGUCCUAAAGAGUAGAAGAAAGAUUAUAAGGAAGCUGUGUCGUUGUAUUUGCCAACAACAUAGGAUAAUUAUAAUCAAAUUGCCAUUGCUCAUUACAGUAGCAAGGAUGAAGAAGCAUGUAGCAGGCUCAUUAUGGCUUGUACUCAAAUUCCGUGGAUUUAUUAUUG